CCUGCGCUCUGUGGCGGCUUCGCGAAGUGUCCGCGGCGUAAGGGGAAGUGGAGACACAUCAGUCGUGGAGUUGAACGUGGAGACAUCAAUUGUGAGGAGGACAAGCGCGCCGUGGAAAUAACUAACAUUCUCCCAGGAAGGUGAAGAGCGAUAAAGCAGCAGUCGGAGACAUCUAAUGGAUGAAAGAGUAACACAUUUACACGACAGACACUUCAUGGACCGUCCGGAAUUUUUAGGGGUAGACUACCCCUCUCUUUAUAUGUGCAAACCCAAACGCGGCAUAAAGCGGGAAGAUGGCGGAAAGGACGCUUAUAAGUUACCACACCGUUUGAUAGAGAAAAAGAGAAGAGACCGAAUCAAUGAAUGUAUCGGUCAGCUGAAGGAUCUGUUGCCGGAACAUUUAAAGCUAUCGACUCUCGGCCAUCUAGAGAAAGCGGUUGUUUUGGAAUUAACUCUAAAACAUUUAAACGCACUGACCGCAGUCACGGAGCAGCAGCACCAGAAGAUCAUUGCUUUGCAGAACGGAGACGCCCCGAUGAAGUCGUCCAUUCACGCCGAUCUGGACUCCUUCCACUCCGGGUUCCAAACGUGUGCCAGAGAGGUCCUGCAGUACCUGAGUCAGUUUGAGAACUGGACCACACGUGAACAGAGUUGCGCUCAACUGGUCAAGCACCUCCACAAAGUCCUGUCUCAGGUCCAAUCCGGUACGCUACCUCUUCUGCAGCAACAUCACGAGCUCCCCAGUAGAGAAACGCCACCAGAUAGCCAGAAAGCCGACAACCAAGUCCCGGUCAUACAGAGAACCCAAGGCGGGGAUGCUACGGAGAACGACACGGACACGGACAGUGGAUACGGUGGCGAGGCAGAAAAGAGUGACGGCAAGGACAAAGAAUGCGAGGGAGGAGGUAAAGCUACAAAGAUCAAGCAGGAGUUUGGAGACAAUCGUCCUGCUAAGAAACCAAAGAUGAACUGGUCCGGCGGGAAUGGUUCCGGCGGCUCGGAUGUGGCGUUCAUGAACUCUCUGAUGGGAUUAACCGGUGUUGGACAGCAGACUCCGAUUUGCAUGCCUUUCUACUUCAUCAACCCGUCUGCCGCUGCGUCUUACAUGCCUUUUUUUGACAAAAACAACAUGGAGAAAUGCGUGUACCCGGCUGCUGCCGCUGCCGCCGCCGCCGCGCUCGCUUCCCCCUUUCCGUGGCUCUACCCCGCGCAAGCAUCAGCAUCAACCGCCGCUGCUACUGCGGCGUUUCCCGGCCUGUCGGUGCACUUUGGAGCUUCUGCUCCAUGCAAGGACACGAUGCAAUGUGGAGACGAGGGCGAGGUGAGCUCACCUGAUGAGCGGGAGGAAAGUCCCGCCUGUGACGAAGCUGACGAUGACGUCAUCGGCGCGUCACAGGAAAGCCAGGGUGACCCGUUUCCUGCCUGUCAAAGCAGCUAACUUUCCUGGGAGAGAUGAUGCACUCAGUUUUUUUUGGACAUAUUUGUUGUGUGAAUACUGAGAGCCAAGCACACCAAACUUCAUAAUAAUAGAAUUUAUAUUAAAUAUUACUAUUAGUUAUCCAAAAUUGAGGGGUAAAAUGUAAAACUGGAGUAUCAUAGCACUAAACAUAUUGAGGCCAUACUUGCGUUGAUAUGAUAUGUCGUGAUGGAUGAAGCAGCAUCUCUCAGUAUUCACACACAAUUGAUGAAACAAAUUCGAAGUAUUAUUUUUUUUUGGUGUAUUCUAGCUAUCUUGACGGAUCAGUGCCUUUUGCACUUAUGCUAGUUUCAUUCAUCUGAAUGCUUAUCGACAAUGAUUGGCGUCAACGCGACACCGCGGUCGUGUUAUGCUGCAGUUACUUUUUUUGUAUACUCUUUGAUAAAAAAAAAUACGGCAGCAUUGGUGCCAAACUUUUGAGUACUACAAACUUUUGAGUACUUACAAGUGCGCAAUAUCCCCAAUCAGCCAGUCUCUUUUGGAUGUAAACUCCCGAGUGUAAAUAUUCUAAUCCGGAUUAAGUGGAGUUAAUCGAGAUGUAAUUGUGCACUACGUCGGUACGUACGGCCUUGAUACCUCACCCCCAAUAAGAGUGGGGUACUCUUGUUUGGAGGUACUUCUCCAUUGCGGAAGUAUUUGAAAUGUAUACAAAUCGGUCUAAAUUCCGGAAUUCUCUGAUUCCUUAGAAGGAAAAGGGAACAGAGAUUCUCGAGAUAACCUGAAUAUUAAAAAAAAAAGAAAAAAAAAAGCAUUUCCACGUUGAGAUGACCCCUUUACCUGCAGGAAAUAAUGUAGGAUAGCACCUUAUAGAUCUUUGAUAUUGAAUGUAACUGUAUUUUCCAAGCUGUACAAGUUUGUAAGUAGGAUGAGCUUUCCUCUCGAAUGAUGUAAAGUGCACUUUUUUCUGCUUAUACACCCCCACCGUCGCCCCACGCCCCACUCCACCAACCAUAAGUCACAUGAUCCAUUUAAAAACCGACCAUCCUUGUUAUCUUUUUUUUAUGGUUUUCUGCCUUGAAACUAUUUUUAUUUAAGCUGAUUUAUCGUGACUUCAUGUUAACUCUUCAUUCCCAUCAUUUUCACAAUUAAGUGUUAUACCCUGAUGUAAAAUUGCGGUCAUGUGACCAUCAUUGGAGAAUAUAAAAAAACAACAACAUUCAGUUCAAGUUCAGUGAUGUUUAGCUUUUUAAAUACGUUUCACACGUAAUGGAGUGCAGAUGAUUUUGGCUUUGUAUUUUGAAAAACAUUGCUUUUGUAGGUUUCUUCUUCAGCUGUCUCGCCUCAAACCAACCUGUUCUAGAAAGUGGCAUGUAUGUGUGUAAAUAAUCUUUUGUGAAUGUACUAUAAACAUAUAUGUCUAUGUCAAUGUUGUGGACGUCUUUGGAUUUUUUUUUUUUUUAAUAUUUCUCUGAGCAGUUGUUGCACAUAUUGUUGCUUUACACACAUUAUGCUGAUAUAAAUUAUUGCUGAUGAGUUGAAAAAUAAAUAUAUGUCCACUGUUA